AUGAACGCCUCUGCUGGGACAGGCGUGUUUCUUCUGUCCUUGAUGUCCAUACCCAUCUCGUAUUUGUUUAAUUCUCUUAUUUACAGCUACAGCAUUGAAGCAGUUUUCUUUGCUGGGUGUACUACCGCUCUGAUCCUUGCAAUUUCAGCAUGUUUUGUGUUCAAGAAAAGAGCUCCAGAAGAUCCACUGUUCUAUGUGUAUGCAGUGUAUGCAUUCCUGAGUGUUGUGAAUCUGAUCAUUGGGUUGGAGCAGGACAGCAUCAUUGAUGGCUUUAUGACCUUCUAUCUCAAGGAGGCAAAUCCUCAUAUUAAUACAGCAUACGGACAUAUGAUCUCCUACUGGGAUGGCUGUGUACAUUAUCUAAUGUAUCUGGUCAUGAUUGCUGCAAUUACUUGGGGGGACAGUUACAGAGCCAUUGGACUUUACUGGGUGGGAUCCUUUCUCAUGCAUGUCAUAGUCUACAUUCUUGGGAAUGUUGUUGGGAAAUAUGGGACGCAAGUUGAUCCUCUCUUCUUCUUCCAAAUAUUCUAUGUCCUGGUGUCCAUUUGGGCCUGCUUUCAUAUCGUUAGCCGGCCCUCCACACUGGAGGUUCAGCUGACAAGCAUCCAGAAGGCCCAGAGGAAAAGCUUGAUUUACAGACCUCUGGACUUGUUAUUCAUUAUCUACCUCAUUCCUGCUGCAGCUUUUUGUAUUUUCAGAGGCUUGGUUGUUCUUGACUGUGCUAGUGAAUGGUGUCAAGUGUACACUCAGCAGUAUGAACCUUACCUGAAGGACCCCUCAGCCUAUCCUAAAAUACAGAUGCUGGUGAGCAUGCUCUACUCUGGGCCAUAUUACAUCAUUACUUUCUAUGGACUGUUAGUCCCAGGAUGUACGUGGAUGCCAGAUCUCACCCUUUUACACUCAGGGGCACUAGCACAAGCCCAGUUCUCGCAUAUUGGCGCGUCUCUUCAUACGCGCACACCUUUCUCCUACAGAGUACCUGCUGACAGCCAGACCAUCUUCCUGGUGAUCAACAUCCUGUAUGCUCUUGUGCCCCAGGCUCUGUGCUACCGCUGUACCUCUAGACCGGCCUUCUUCCUCAGGGCCACUGCAGACAAAAAGAUGGAAUAA